AUGAACAGAAUUAAUAGCUCAGAUGAGCUAGACGUUUGUGAAGAGGUUGGGCGAGGAGGCUUUGGUGUUGUGUACCGAGGAGUGUUGAAAAACACUGGCAAGGAAGUUGCAAUCAAACAGAUAGACUUGGAGAGUGAGCUGGCUGAUAUAUUCGAGGUGAAUAGGGAAAUCACGAUCUUAUCAGAAUGUCGUAUUCCUCAGAUCACCAGGUACUUGGGCUCUUUUGUCAAGAACUAUAAAUUGUGGGUGAUAAUGGAGUACGUCAGUGGAGGCAGUUUGUUUGACUUGUUGAAGGCAGGCCCUAUUACCGAUGAAAGACUCGUGGCUGCUAUAGCCAAAGAGGUGCUUAUAGCACUUGCUUAUUUGCAUGAUCAGGGAAAGAUUCACAGGGACUUGAAGUCGCAGAACAUCUUGCUAGGCCAUGAUGGAGAGGUGAAACUUACAGACUUUGGCGUGUCAACGCAACUAUCGUCGAACUUUUCUAGACGAAACACCACUGUGGGCACUCCGUAUUGGAUGGCUCCUGAAGUUAUACUUAACAGUACUGGUGGUCACAGCUAUAAAGCUGAUAUAUGGUCAUUGGGCUGCUGCGUUUUCGAGCUCAGGAACGGCAGACCGCCUCUUCAAGAACACUUUGCACCAAUGAAAGCACUUCGACAAAUUUCAAGCUGCCAAAAUGAUGGAGACUUCUGGGAGCUCAUUCAAACAGAACUGAGCAAAAGCUGGUCUCACGAAAUGAUAGACUUCUUCCACCGUUGCUUUGUUUUGCAGCCACAAGAACGAUGGUCUGCCAAGAGACUCUUGAGACACAAGUUCAUCCAGCAAGCCGAACUAAUAUCAGAUGAUCAAAGGAGAAAAGAUCUCCGUAAGUUCAUCACCAAAAAGCAUUUGUGGGACCAGGAACAUCAUAUUACAAGAACUAGAAGAUACUACGCGCCAACGGAAAUCCAAAAGAACCAAGAGAGAUGGAUAAACGGUGCAUCUGAUUCUAAGGGAGAGAAUAAAGAAAAUAGAGUCGAGUUCGAUCUCAGCUCCGUUAAAGAAUACCCGAAAACGGUCAACGACCAUCAAGAUUCUAGCGGUAAGACCACUCCAUCCCCAGCGCCAGCUGCGACUCCUCUGAAAGCCGAUACAAGCUCCAGCAGAAACUCAUCAACUGAAUUUAUCAAGAUUUUGAAUAGAGUCUUUCACAAGAUUGAGCAAAGGACAAUGCUACCCACAGAACAGUACGACCAGCUUGUACAAUUGAACGACAGCUUAAUUAAUCUCUUCGUGCCUGUCAGGACCAGUGAUGAUCUGGAACCUUCACAGAGUCGAAUCCUAACUGCUCAAUACCUCCGUACAUAUUCCAUGAUAGAAAACGGAGAGCAUCUAGAUAAGAAGGCCAAACUAAAUGGCUCCUUCGAUCAGUGGCAAGGACUAUAUAAAGAGCGAUACAACAUUCCAGGAAAGCCUCUGGAACUGCUCAACUCGGUGAAGAUUUCUCCAGACCGCCUGUUACUAGCGACAUGCACCUCAACAGGACUACUUCAUAUCUACAAUUACGAGGACGGAACGCAUAAAACGACUCUUCUGGGUCAUAACAAAGGCAUAUCUGACAUUGCAUUUUCUCCUGUUGAUAGCAGUAUCAUUGCUUCUUGCUCAGAUGACUUGACUGUGAGGAUAUGGUCUAUCACCAAAGGCGCUUGCAUUCGUAUCUUGAAAAAACACACUUUCCAUGUUUCGGCACUUUGCUUUAACUCCAAGGGUAACCUACUUGUCAGUGGAGCUGCAGAUGAGACAGUUGUGAUCUGGGAUCUUACCACUGGAAGAAGUCUAAAGACACUCGCUGCUCAUUCAGACCCUGUCAGCUCUGUCAGUCUUACUCCAGACGACACCAUCAUCAUCAGUGCUUCAUACGACGGCCUUAUGAGACUUUUUGACCUAGAAUCCGGCCAGUGUCUUAAGACUCUCGUUUAUAAUAGUUCGUCCCAUGGUACUGCCACGGCGUCUACGAACGACGUGGUUAACUUCCCUAUUUCGAAUGUCCUGAUUACGCCGAAUGGGAAAUACAUCCUAAGUACCAGUUUGGAUGGUAAGAUCAGGUUAUGGGACUACAUGAAUAAUAGGGUCGUCAAGACAUACACAUCUAAUGAUUCUCUGGCAACGAUAUGCGAGAAAUACAAUUGCAGCACUUCCUUCAUUACUGCGACUGAAGAACCAUUGAUAGCUUCUGGCAGUGACCAAUCUGGUGUGCUUUUUUGGAGCGUUCAAAGCAAAGACAUUGUCUUUCAGCUCCAGCCUGGGUCGACUGUUCUCGGUAUUGACUCAUGUGACGGUGGUAACGAACUUGUUACUUGCAGUCUUCAAGGAGAUAUACGUUUUUAUGAUCUCGAACCCCAGUUCAAAGUUGUCAAUGGCAAUGGCCACUUAAACACAACGUCUGGAGCAUCUUCCCCAGAAGCUUCUGAUGUAUCGCACACAGAAGGCCAGGAAGCCGAGGGGAACGAAGACAUUGAAGAAGAGGAACAAGAAGCUGAAGAAGAUAAAGGAGCUGAAGAAGAUCUGAGUUAG